AUGCUGCCAGGGCCGCCCUGGACGUGGUGCAGUGUGGGGAUGGUGCCGAAAGGCUCCGGCUGCCGCCUGAUACCGCUGCUGCUGGGCCUGGCUGUGCUCACCCUCCCACCGUUUGCUGCUGCCCAGCCACCACCUGCUGCCCUCCGUGCUGGCCACACCACCUCCUCGCUGCCUGCCGUUGCUGCCGCGCCACACACCAGAUACCUUUUGUAUGAUGUAAAUCCUCCUGAAGGGUUCAACCUUCGCAGAGAUGUCUACAUUCGCAUUGCUUCCCUUCUAAAGACAUUGCUGAAAAGUGAAAACUGGGUGUUAGUUCUGCCUCCCUGGGGACGUCUUUAUCACUGGCAAAGCCCUGACAUCCUUCAGGUCCGGAUCCCUUGGUCCGAGUUCUUCGAUAUUCCAAGCCUCAACAGGAACAUCCCUGUCAUUGAAUAUGAGCAGUUCCUUGCAGAGUCAGGUGGGCCCUUUAUUGAACAGAUUUAUGUCCUACAAGGCUAUGCAGAAGGAUGGAAAGAAGGAACAUGGGAAGAAAAAAUAGAUGAAAGGCCAUGCAUUGAUCAGCUUAUGUAUUCCAAAGACAAACAUGACUACUACAGGGGAUGGUUCUGGGGUUAUGAGGAAACACGGGGCCUAAAUGUCUCUUGUUUGUCUGUCCAAGGAUCUGCCUCUAUUCUGGCUCCUAUCCUUUUAAAGAACACUUCAGCACAGUCAGUGAUGUUAGACAGAGCUGAAAACCUACUUCAUGACCACUACGGAGGGAAAGAUUAUUGGAAUACCCGUCGGAGCAUGGUGUUUGCUAAACACCUCCGUGUAGUAGGAGAUGAGUUUAGAAACAAGUAUCUUCAAUCCACAGAUGAGGCAGACAGGACUCAUUACAAGGAGGACUGGACACAGAUGAAGGUUAAGAUGGGCACAGCUCUAGGUGGUCCGUACCUUGGGGUUCAUCUCAGAAGGAGAGACUUCAUUUGGGGUCACAGAGAAGACGUGCCUUCCCUACAAGGAGCAGUAAAGAAAAUCCGCAGCCUCUUGGAGAUGCAUAAACUUGAAAAAGUUUUUGUAGCCACUGAUGCUGUCGAGGAGGAGAUCGAAUUGCUCAAGAAACUACUGCCUGAGAUGUUGAGGUUUGAACCUUCUUGGGAGGAGCUGGAACUCUACAAAGAUGGGGGCUUGGCUGUGAUUGACCAGUGGAUCUGUGCACAUGCAAGGUAUUUUAUAGGCACCUCAGUUUCAACAUUUUCCUUCCGGAUCCAUGAGGAAAGGGAGAUCUUGGGAUUUGAUCCAAAAACAACUUACAACAGAUUUUGUGGUGAAAAAGAGAAAAACUGUGAUCAGCCAACUCACUGGAAAAUUGUAUACUAAAAUACAGAGAAAUCUGGACUUCAAUACCAAUGAGCUCAAAAGAAUAAGGAAAACCCACGGGGAAAUACCUCCCUUUGACCAAACUACAACUCAGUCCUCUACCCUCUUCUCAGUGUUUACUUGACGUUUGGAUUUUGAAGUACAAGCAAUAUUCAUCUUCUUAGUCAGGCAUCGAUGGGAGCGAGAAAAAUGAAUUCAGCCUGGGAUCCAGUUCUCAGCAUAGCUAGGAUUCAAGGACAGUACCAGGCACUGCAACACCAGCUGUUUCUAAGAGCAGUCUCAGUGGGUCUGUGCUGAGAGAGGCACAAAGAUGGGGCUUGUAGGGUGGUAAGAGAAAGGUUAUGUUUCUUCUUAUAUUUUACCUACACAAAGGAAACUUUUUUUUUCCCAUUGUCCUCCCAAAGGCCUGUUCAGUUGGACCCUUUUGGGAUCACCCAGUCACUCAAUUCAGCGUUGCUGAUGCUUUGCUAAGGAGUACGCUAAAAGGCCUUUCAAGUUUCCAUGUCAGUUAAAUGGAUUGUCGCAGUAAUUCAGCAAAUUAAUUUCCUGCGUUUCUGCUUUCAGUUUAUGCAAGGGAGCAAACUGUGGAAAAUCACAGACAGCAAAGGUCAUUGGGCCGCGGGAUGAUGUGUAUAAGCCUAGCAGUCGGGAACCUUGCAGGUGAGGUCGUGUUCUGAUGGAGACGGCUGGCUGGUGGUACGGGGGAAGAGCCCUGUGCUACACCACCAGCCAGAGGGAAAGUGCAGCUCCUCUUUGAGAAGGGUUUUGUAUGAAUACCAAUUCUAGCUCUUGCAGUUUCCUGCUGUGUAGCAUUGGGUGCUGGGAAGCAUUCUGUGCUUCAGGUGGGUCUUUUGCCCUGCAAGCCUACAUGUCUGUUAAGCAGCAGAAGCCUUUUUCAAAAGUGGACUAGGAGACAGAUUUAAAAAGGUGAAGCAGACAUUUUUCCUUAAAGUCAUUUUUACCAGGUUACCUUGCUGUUAGCAGACCCUUCACUUGAUCUUUCCUCUUGGCUUGAGUAGGAGUAUAUAUAACUCUCCUGCACUCUGCAGUGGCCAUUUCACAGAUGCUCCCAGACAAUGAGGUUGUUACCUCCUGUGCAACUGCAGUGGAAGCUGUGAAGACUUCUCGGACGGUAGUAAGGCUGUCCUGUUCUUACCAGCUGUUUACUAUAUCUCCGUGCAGCAACUGAGCCUCUCUGGCGAUAAAGUGGGGAGCCCAGCGUUUCAAAGCAUUGCCUUUUCCCACCAAGUCAAAUGUUCUCCUAAAGCGAUGGUGGUAUUUUACAUGUAAUGUAUACCUCAUUAAGAAAAAUACAAAGCUUUGUAGCA